AUGGACGUGUAUUCUACGUUUGCCAUCUGCCGCCUCCCUCUUUUUUUUUUGCCCUCCUCGUCGUCUGUCCUUUCCUCGGCUCGGAAAAUUAACCGAAACCUUCUCUUGGAAGCAAGCAGCGGCGAUGAGGACCAGUCUGCGGGCGUAGCCAGGAAGGGAUCCGGCAGGCGUGUGGACACCAGCCAGAUCGUCGGCGCCCGGCGGCGCGCACGGGGCCCGCACACCUGGUGGAACCGAGAUCGCGCGCGGCGCGGCCACCCGGGGAAGGAGCCCGGGCGCGAGCGAGUUCGCCCGCCCGCUCUGGUUUCCCGAGACUCGGCGGUGGAGAAACCAGAAGUCACUCAGGCCGCGGAAGCGGGGGCUUGGGCCCUAGAGUUUGUAGGGGGCGGGCUGGGCACCGGCGGCGUCUCGCACGGGACAGUUCCCGCCCCGCGUGGGGCGGUGAGGCUGCGGCUGCGUCGCUCGCCCCGCAGUGCCCCGGCGCCCCCUCCCAGACUUCUUUCCACGCCAUCAACAAAUCCUCGGGGCCUGGGGGUGGGGGUGGCUGGAAGAGCGGGUCCCCCCAACUCUUCGGGCCCCCGGGAAUCGUGGCCAGGGUUGCGAGGCUGCGGAGAGGAGGCCCGGCCGCGGGUGCGUGGGCGAGGCUCGUGUCAGGUUCACUCGUGCCCCCCGCCGCAACCGCCUGCCCGCGCAUCCCGCGCCCUGCGCCCUCCCGGCGUGCCAGGAGACCGGUUUCCUCGGAGCUCCUCGCUCCAAGGUGUGGGAACGCCGAGCCGGCGUGGAGCUGCGCUGGCAGAGCCGAGGGAAGGCGCGAGCGGGAGGGGCGGCCGCCUGUGGGAACGCGGGUUCUCCCGGGGAAGCGGAGCGGGACCGCCGCGUUCCCCUCGAUUUGCACCGUCACUCGGGCUGUCGCGGAGAAGAGCGGCGGCGCUGUGCGUGCCGCCGGCUACCUGGGCCCGGGUGCGGAGAGUGCGCGCACGCCUGUGCCGCUAUGAGCGGUGUCCGGAGCCAGUCCCGGGGUCACCUACCUCCAGAAACUCGCAGAAACUGCGAGGGGGCGAGAGGAGGACACACCCCCUUCCUCGGAACGACUUGGAGGACUUUGAGUCUCCCCUCCCCCGCUUUUCCGCCCUGGCUCUUCUUUUGUUGUCAAGUCCUUUUGAUAAAUGGUGGGGCUGGGAGCGCCGGCAGCCCGGAGCCGCGGGGCGGGGGCCGAGCCGGGACACCAGGUUUCCGCCGGCGCGCACCCGGCGCGGAGCGGGGCACGCGCGGGGGUCGCUCGGCUCCGAGGCCUGCCUGGGGCGCGCUCGCUCGCUCCUGCUCGCCAGCCCACGCCCCCCCCCCUUGUCUCCGGCUCCCACUCCGCACGGGUACCGAGAACUUUCAGGGGAAUCGACGGGAUUUCUCUGGCUGUCGUUUGUGUUCCAUUUAUCCGAAUGCUCACAGCUCGCAGGCGUCGGCAGGGGAAACGGCUCCCGGCUCGCGUGUACGCUCACGCCUCGGCCCAGCGCCGGACUCGAGGUGUCGCCUGGUGCCGGGGGCGGCCUCCGCGGGCAGCUGGCUGGGCGGCGCCCCGAGGUCGAGCGGCCUAGCGCCGCCGGGCAGUGCCUGGCAGCUCUCAGCUCUGCGGGGGCCACGGAAUCUAGCCGGGCCGGGUCCGCCCGCGGCGAAAACUGAAAGCGAAUUCUGCCCCAGACGCAGCCUGAGCCUUCCCCGACGCGAGCUGGCACCGGAGACCUGCCGGCGGCUUUGGAAGGGCAGCGCACCGGGACGAGCGCUUGGGCCGGAGCGAAACGCUGGGGACGGCGCCUCCCGCGCGUCCUUCCUCCGCGGCCCCUGAUGGUGAAAGGGGUUCGUCGGCUGCCGGGGACCCCCGGGCUGUGUUCGCAGCAGUAGCACCGGGGACCAGGCGGCCAAAGCAAGCUCUGCCCAGCAGCGACCUCUCGGCGGGGCUGGGUCCAAAAAACCUCGGGACCAGCUCUCCUUCCUUGGAUGCGGAGUGGUCAGGAAGCGGCCUAGGUAGCCCCGCCGGCCUAGUUCUCUACUCUCACCUCCAACCAGCGGGUAAAUAGCCGCCCGCCGCCGGCGCCGCUAACUUUCUGACGCGCCGCCGCGAUCUGCGGGCGAGGCCCGGGCGCAGAGGGGCCCGCAGGCAGCUCCUCGGCGCGCGCGGCCCCAGCCCUGAGAGCGGCUUGUGCGCACGGAGGCCGGAGGUCGAGUGUGGCUCCCGCGCUCCCCCUCGGCCACUCGGAUCCUGGGGACCGAUCCUUCGACGCCUGCGAGCCGCCACUCCCCCCAGGGAGCUGCAGUCCCGGGGGGCUGGAGCGCGCGCAACGCGCGCCCGCGCCCGUCUCUCGGCGGGGCCUGUCGCGGGGCCGGCCGCGGCGGGUGAGUGAUGAGGGCAGAGAAGGGCGCCCAUAAAUCGCGAGUGUCAGGGCGAAAAACUCUCUUUAUUGUCUGCGUGAUGGAUGGGCCCGGGGACGAGACACCAAAUACUUCGUAUCGCCUUUAAAUGGGAACACAUUUUCCGCGGCCAUAAUUCAUGUUUUUUAAAUAGAAAGUUUGAAAUGUUGCCUAUAUUUCACCGGCCCUGACAUAUUUAUGAAUCGCUCCCUGCAUGCAAAUAUCAUUAUUUAAAGCGCCGGGGAGAGCGCGCGGGAGGGGGGAGGCUCGGCCCCCGGGGCGUGGGGGUGGCGAACCAGGGGAGUGGCGGCGUAAGGGGGGCAGCUCCCUGAAGGGCAGACGCCGCGACGCGGGGAAGAGCCCGGUCCGGACGCCGCGCGCCCCGGGGCUUCCUUCCCGCCGCCGGAGCCCGCACAGCCGCCCGGGGAAGUUCGCGCGGCAGGGGGCGGUGGACAGCCCCCCCCCCCCCCAGCCGGGAAACCCGGAGAGAUUUUUGCGUUCCUUUCGGAGGCGGCCCUGGAUCCAAGCUGCAGCCACCUUGUCCAAGAAAGAAGUUAAAAAUAAAUAAAUAAAAAAUUAACAAACGCAAGGAAUAACAACCCAACAUGUUUCGCGUUCUUUGCCAUUGUAUCGAUUUUAUUGAUUUUCAUUCUGCAGACCUGGGGCUAUGCGCGUCCGGGCCGGGCGGCUGUCAGAAUCCGGUCUCCGCGGGGAGUGGGCGGCGGACGACCCUCGGGUGCCUCGGCCCCAGCCGCCCCAACCCCGCGCCCCCCUGUCCCCGGCAGGGCGAAGCCUGCGCCGGGCUCGGGACCACACGACCCGGCCCUCGAGCUCCCCGGAGUCCGCGUCCGCCACCGCUAAGCCCUGUCAACGCAAGCGCUUGGAGAAAAGCCGGGCACGUGCCGUCGGCCACUGCCCGGCUCGUCCGGCCCACACCUGAGCCCUCACGUGCGGGAUUUUACCUGGGCGGUCUCCCGCGGCGCCUGCGGCCGCGCCGAGAACAGAAAUGGAAAGGAGUGAGACGGACAGGGAGCCCCACCCGAGAGGGCCAGAUGCGCGGACCCAGGACCUCGUCUCCGGACUUAGGUUCCGGAGCUCCGGCCGAACCAGCCGGGGAAGCCGCGCUGAGGGGGGAGAGCCCGGCAGGGGAGGGGCAAAGGGAACCGGCCUCCGGGGGGCGGGGCGAGCCGGGCGGCACUUCCGCCGGGGGCGGGGCUUCGGCGUCCGCGCCGGCCCGCCCCCGGCGCCCAGGCCCCGCCCCCUCAGCCCGCCCGCCGGGCCCCGGCCGCCAAGUCCUAGCCCGAGAGAGUCCUAACCCGCUGAACUCGGGUUUAGCGGGAGGGCGGUGGGCAGUUCUCUUCGCCCCGCUUGGGGCGUCUUUUCCAGUCAUGUGAAUAAAAGCGUGCGCGCGCUAGCGAGCGGCUCGAGCUCAAACUCUCACGGAAGCCCUGUUCCAGCCUUGGCCAUUUUAGGAGCCCUGCGGCUUGCCUGGCCCAGGGGUCCUCACGCCUGGGAGAGCCAGGGAAGCAGUCCGCGCCCACCGGGGUCCCCUCGGGAAGCGGCAGCAGGAAAAGCUAACACUUGUCGGUUGUUUGUUUUGUGCCAGGUACUAAGCACUUGGUGCGAGUUAUGUCUUCGCAGCGACUCUCCGAGGCAGAGUGGACAGUGAGAGAGAGAGACAGAGAGAAAGGUCUUCCUUUGCCGUUGGUUCACCCUCCAAUGGCCGCCACGGCCAGUGCACUGCGGCCGACACACCACGCUGAUCCGAUGGCAGGAGCCAAUACUUAUCCUGGUCUCCCAUGGGGUGCAGGGCCCAAGGACUUGGGCCAUCCUCCACUGCACUCCCUGUCCACAGCAGAGAGCUGGCCUGGAAGAGGGGCAACUGGGACAGAAUCCGGUGCCCUGACCGGGGCUAGAACCUGGUGUGCCGGCACCGCAAGGCAGAGGAUUAGCCUAGUAAGCCGCGGCGCUGGCUCACCUUCCUGUUUGUUGGGAAGCAGGACCUGCUUCCGACUCCUGAAGCUGAAGGGGCUACAUCCUUCUCCCCAUCCCUGCCACGGAGGCUGCACCAACAGGACACCCCACCCGGGGCUUGAGCAGGGGUGUGGGGCAGUUUGGAGACCCUUCUUGGCGGACGCAGAGACUGAGAGAGCACAGCAGCAUUAGCGAGCCCCAUGCAAUGCCACUGGCUGUCGAGGGGAAGCAGAGAGGUGCUCAGAGCCGCUGCCAUGCCCGCUGUGGUCAGGGCAGCCCCUGGGGCAGUGGCUUCAGCGGACUGCUGCAGUAGCCCCAGCAGCUGCGUAUGCAUUUGCCAGCUACUGUCAGUUCCUCUCCAUUUCCGGUGUUGGUCUCCAGUCUCCUUAGCGGUUCUGUGAGCUUCCUGAUAACCCUUUGAUCAAUUCCUUUUCCGCUGAAGUUAGCCAGAGCCAGUUUCUGUCAUUCACAACCAACAAUAUCAGCUGAUAAGCCAUAACCUGGCUCUUUGGGUGGCUUCUAAACAGGUCUGAUGGUGUUUACUUUGCAGCUUGCCCAUGAUCCCCUGUGAUGGGUACUAAUGGGGAACCCAUCAACAGACAGCUUUGCUGAAUAUCUCCAACCCAGCUGGGUAAAACGGAACAAUUCAGUGAAGGGAAUUAGUCGUGCAGAAUUGUGUGAGUGAAUCCUACUUGAUGGUUUUACAGAAUGCCUCGUGUGCCCUGGUCACUGCUCUGUGUGGCUUCACAAUGUUGCCUGAUUCACCUCUUCCCAAAAAAAAAAUGAUUAUCCAUUUCUGGUCUGCGAAUGUGCAGACUUUCUCCCCUUUACUUCCAUCCCUCUCCCCCAGCAUGCCUGGAUGGCACUCACAAUGUCUGAUGAAGGUUUCCAAAGCAUUAAAGGACACACUGUCAAGAUCGCCCACCUUAGGUGACAAUCAACUCUCAUUCUUCUCAGCAGAGCUUAAGAGCUUAAGUGUUUGGUACCUUGGGGUGCUAAAAAAAAAAUCUUUGUGCAAUGCAAUCAGUGGCGCAGGAACACCUCCAGGUGGUGGCUUGGAGCAUCUGGGGCUUUGUGUGAGUACAGCAGUGGCAUCAGGGGAGAGUACAAGGUUUUUCUGACUCUGCACCCUGGCUAAGAUGCUUCAUAGCUACUGGCUCCUUUUCUUUCCCUCCAAGCUUUUCCAAAGCAGUUAUCACAUCUUUGUACUUUCAUUCCCUGCAUAGUUUCUCUGUGCAUCAGUGAUAAUAAAUAUUGGGUCUAUGAAUAUGUUUCCACAGAUUUGCCUUUCUUAGCGCUUACCUUUGGUGCUAAACUAACUGUCUCCCAGGGACCCCGUCAGUCACACAGUUCUUCAGGCCACAUUCGCAUACUACUCACCAGGUUGCAUAGGGAGGGCCAGAGGCCUUGCAUUCUCAGUCUUCCCACUUGCUUCUUCAGAAGCAAAAAGGGCCUGUGUGACACCCACCGGCGGUGGCUCAACUCCUUCAGCAGGGAUGAGAAGUGGUGAUGGGGGCCUGACCCCGGGGAAGGGUCUGCAAGGUUCAGGGCUGGAGGGGGUGGAGAACAGGAUUUAGAGCUGGGGUAUGGUUUUAGAGCCCUGGCCUCCUUCCCCUUGAUGGCAAUUAGCCCUCAGGUCCUGUUGACUGACUCUGCCUUGGAAAUGGGAGUUCCUGGGCCCUCAUGGAAUGGCUGAGUGAGCCGCUUCCUGUGGACUCCAAGUGCAAAAGGAGUUGGUAAACAUGCCAGAAUGAGGCCGGCAGUCGUGGGAACCAGUAGUGGAUUAAUGCAGCGGGUCACAGAGAUAAAAGAGGAACAAGGGCUUUCCAGCGAGGGUGGCCUCCCUGGGGGCUUCGGUUCCAGCCGAACACUGCCCCACUCCCCCCAUCUCAAAGCCUCCCAAGGUACCUCCUCUCUGGCCCCGCCUUCCCAAGCACUGCUUUGAUGGGACUCCACAUUGCUGUAGACUUCAUAGGCAACUCUGUCUAAAAGCAUUUCAUGGGAUGGGGCUGGCAUUGUGGCACAGUGGCUUAGGCCACUGCCUGUGUUGCUGGCAUCCCUUAUCACUGCUCUGAUUCUGAUCCAGUUCCCUGCUAAUAUGCCUGGGAAGGCAGUGGAAGAUGGCCCAAGUGCUUGUGGCCCUGCCCAGUAUGUGGGAGACCUAGAUGGAGUUCCAGGUUCCUGGCUUUGACCUUACGGUGGUCGGGCUGUUGUUGCAGCCAUUCGGGGAGUGAACCAGUGGACAGAAAAUUCUCUCUCUGACUCUGUCUCUCUGUCACUCUGUAAGCAUUUCCCAUGCCUUAGCUCCUCUCAUUCAAUCUCCCUGCCCUCAAAGUUUGCUUUCCACUGUUACCCAGGAGCAGCCAUCCAGCCAGCCUGGGACCUCCCUCCGGUGCACCGACACCCCUCCUGGGUCUGACCUCUGCUCAUAGUCCAGGUCAGGGCUCCCCGCCCUGUCUCUGUCAGCAUAAAGCACAUGGUGGGCUCUGGGGGCUGACUUCUUGGAUUCAAAGAACAGGAUUGCCCCGUUCACUCCAUGUGUACCCUGGGGGCAAGGCUCUUAACCUCGCUGGAGUUUCCAUUUCCUCCUCUGCAAAAUGAACGUGGUCAUGGGCCCUACCUCAUGUGAUCAAAGGGUCCGUGAAAUGAAACCACGUGUGUGCCUGGCAUGUAGAAAAUAAUGAAAGCAGUUGUUAUUGUUGUUGUUGUUGUUAUUAUUAUUAUCAUCCCCCUGUGUUCCUUCUUACCUCUGAGUCCCCACAGUGUUUAUGCCACUCAUUUGGCACUUAAUUAACUACUAAUUGAUGAUAUCUUUUAUUAGCUAUUUUAAAUCCUUAUUGUUUAACUGUGUGUGUGUGUGUGUGUGUGUAAGUAACUUUACUUUUUGAACUUGAGUUCCUCCAGGGCUGAAUAUUCUCAACACAGGACCACAGAGGGCUAAGUCAAGAGCAGACACUGAUGAAGGAACACUUACUAAAAUGAGUCAGGAAGCUGAGGUUCCCGGAGAGAAAGUCACCUGCUCACAGUUCCCAAGGUCAGGGCUGCUAACCGCCUCACAGCUGCUCCUUCAGCUUGCAGAUGUCCCUGCCUGCUCCCACAUUCUUUCCAUGUGCUCAUGGGGAGAGGUGUUGGUGGUACAGUGUUAGAUGAAAGAGCAAGGACUUGGCUAUACCCACAGCCAAUGCCCAUCUCCCAGUGGAGCUGGCACUGUGGUACCAUGGGUAAGGCCAUGGCCUGCGACAGCGGCAUCACAUAUGGAUGCUGGUUCGAGUCUCGGCUGCUUUACCUGCAAUCUAGCUCCCUGCUAAUGCGCCUGGGAAACCAGCAGAGGGUGGCCCAACUGCCUGGGCCCCUGCCACCCUCAUAAGAGACACAAAUGAAGCUCCUGGCUCCCGGCUUCACCCUGGUCCUGUGCUGGCUGUUGGGGCCAUCUGGGAGUGAACCAGCGGGUGGAGGAUCCCUCUCUACUUCUCUCCCUCUCUCUGUGACAUUGACUUUGAAAUACAUAAAUAAAUAUAAAAAAAAAAAAAACACCUGUCUCCCAGAAAGCAGACUACAGGGGCCACUAUGGGACUGUGUCCACCCUAAGGGUCAUGGCAUGGCUGCCUGUGACUUUCUUGCUUACUUGUGCUUACUACCGCAAACACUGACCACCUUUGUAAAACGAAGAGAAAGACAACACAGGCUUUGUUUGCUUGCUUGUUUAGCAGAGCCAAGGAUGCAAACUGCAGGCUGCUCAGCUCCUGGGAAGAGACCCCGGUUAGUCACAGGUCUGAGAUGCAGGGGUGGGCUGGGGAGGGAGAGGUGAUGGGUGUGGGGUGGGAAUUUGGGGGUUCUUUCAUCCCCUGCAUCUCAAAGGCUGACAGGCUCUUGAGGGGUGGAAAUGACUGGUAAUUAGCAAAGCUGCUCUGCUGCGCACUCCGAAGACGCACUUCACAGUCUGCGUGACCUCUGCGGCCCGGUGAGCCUUUGUUAUGUAGAUGCUCUUAAUUGGGUGAGUCACUUGCUGCAAACAGCUUCAGGAGAGCGAGCGAGCGAGGGCUGUGCGCUGUGGGUUGUGUCUGGGGAGGCUUCCUGCCAGAGCUCCAGCAGGCAGGUGGGAUGGGGGUGGUAGAGCCUGCAGCAGUGGCUUCCCACACCUGUGGGAGCAAGGAGUGGUUCCUGUGGCGUGCAAGUCAGUACGGGGAGUCGGGGGGGCCAGUUUGGCAUGGUGACGCUGACUUGUGGCCUUUGCUGUCCUCCUUCCUUUCUCCUUGUGUCCUGUUGACCAUCUCUUUGCAGAAGGUGGGGCUGUUUGGGGUACCCGCCUCACUGGGAUGUCAGGAAUGGAUACAAAUGCAAGUGAUGCCACCAAACAGCAGGCACCACUGGAUACAGUUCAUCUCUCUCCCUUUUUAGGUCCUUAGCAUUUUACUUACAAAUAUUUCAAACUUGGAAAAAUUAUAAAGAAUAGCGCAUGAGCAUCCAAUAAACUUCACCUAGACGUACAGCUAUUAACACUGUUAUAUUUGUGUAUACACACACUUUUUUUUUCCUGCACCAUUUUAAAAGUUAUUUUGUUGAUUUUUUUUUAAAAAGAUGUAUUUAGUUAUUUGUUUAAAAGGAAAGAGCGCAUGAAUUUCCAACCACUGGUUCACUCCCUAGAUAGCUGCAACAGCCAAGGCUGAUCUGAGCUGAAGCCAGGAAGCUGGAACUCCAUCCUGGUGUCCCUCAUGUAGGUGAGAGGACCAAGCAUUUGGGCCAACUUCUGCUGCUUUCCCAAGUACAGGAAGAAGGGAGCUGGAUCCUGGCACUCUGAUACUGGGUGGUGGCAUCGCAAGCAGCAGCUUAACCGCUGUGCCACAGUGCAGGCUCCCUUCCUGAACCGUUUGAAAGCUGAAGGCAACCUGAUGGCUACAAAUUUUUUCCACUUGCAUCUUUCCCAAAAAACGUGCUUCUGUUUUGGAACCAUUUGAAUUCAAGUGCACCAUUCAAGCCUGAGCAAAGUGAGAGCAUGAGACCAAGGGAACUGGCAUGGCUUUGGCGUUCUUCCCUCUGCCUGCAAAGCCUUUCAGGUCUUCCUCUGGGUUGCUCCAUCUUAGGAUUCAGACUUCAGCUCAAAUAUUGGUCCCUUGAGAGAGGCCUCCCUAGAACACUCCACAGCUGGCUGAACCUGCGCAGUUCGUGCAUCGCAAAAGCGUUGUGCACUGACUGGUGGUGUGGUGCAGUGAGCUGUGCUGCUGCCUGCAACGCCAGCAUACCCGAGCGCUGGUUCCAGUCCCAGCUGUUUCACUUCUAAUCCAGCUCCAUGCUAAUGUGCCUGGAAGGGCAGCAGAAGAUGGCCCAAGUACUUGGGCCCCUGCCACCCAUGGGAGAGACCCAGCUGGAGCCCUGGGCUCUUGGCUUUGGUCUGGACCUAUCCCCUGCCAUUGUAGCCUUUUGGGGAGUGAACCAGCAGACAGAAGAUAUAUCUCUUUCUAAGUAUCCACUUCAAAUAAAUAAAUCUAUCGUUAAUAAAAAGCAGUCUGCAGAGGGGUGAGUGGGGCCAUGAGCCAGUUCAUGCUGCACUCUUCAGGGAUUUCCAGGAGAAAGGCUCUGAAAAUUCAGCGGAGGUCCAGGACACUGUCAAAGUCAGCAUCCCCCACCCACUCUCACAGUCAGCCUCCGUUUUCAUAGCAUGUCCCGGUGCCAUCUGAAAUGUGUUCUAUAUACUUGAAAUCGUGUUAUUUCUCCACUUACUACCUGUCUCCUGUCACUAUAAUGCGAGCCUCUCAAGAAUAAGGACUCUGUCAUGUUCCUGCUUUGUCCCCAAGCACCUCACACAUAGCAGGUGCUCAAUAAACAUCUACUAAGUA